CUGUUCUCCAGACUUUCUCUGAACUCCUUCAGACUCUCCUCUCCACACUCCGCUGACAGCUGCCUUACCUCAAUAACCGCUUCCCCACUGUGGUUGAGAGGUGCCUGCACCAGACGAAUGGUGAACACUGAAUGACUCCGACUGCUCUCAGUGUUCAUGGUCGUCAUGGCAACCCGACGUCUCUUCUGGCCCCGCUGGAGGACGUCGAAGGCUUCCUCCGUACUUUUGACCUCGACUUCUGUCCCCCCGGAGACGUACAUGUUGUGGUUUGUGUCUUCUCUGAGAUUCUUUGAUUUUGGAGGUCUGUGUGUACAUAUGUAUCAGAGAGAUUGAUGACACC